AUGUUUGAUUUACAACCAAAUGAAGCCAAAUUGAUGGCUACUUAUGGUUUGACAACCAUGAGACCAAAUAGUCUUAAAGAUAUAAAUUAUCAUGAAUUUAAGACUCCACCUGAUGAAGUAUCUGAUUUAAGUACCGAACAACAAUACAACAUGUUGUUAGAUUUAAUUGAAUCUGAACAAAAAGUGGUUGAUAGUAGAAGAACUUCACAAGGAGAAGAAAGUAUAUUAAUGGAAUUGAUUUCUCAACAUAAAGAUAAUCAAAAUUUAAAUCAAUCAUAUUCAAGAAUGGAACGUCAAGUUCAUGGACAAAGUGAAAAUUUAAGAAUGGCAAUUGAAUCAAAUUUCAUUCAUUUUAUAAAUACAAAACUGAAAAUUGAUGAUUCAUUAAUUGAUUUUAUGAGACUGAAAACUAAAGCACAACAAGAUCGAUCAAAUUCGAGAGUUUUUAAUCCACAACGACGUAAUAUGGUAUCAACAAAUUCAAAUGGUAAAGAAGAUUUAACCUCUGAAUUGGAAGAAAAUAUUAGUAAUUUAAUGAAUAGUACUUCAGCACUGAUUCAACCUAUUAAUGAAAGUAAACAUAAAGAAGAUAAAGUUUUAAAAAUGACGGAAUUUAUUAAAGCUAAUCAACAUUUUUUUGAUUUACCUAAAAAUUUAGUUCAUUCAUUGUCUAUUAGUGAUAAUGAU